AACAACUAGCAGAGGUGCAAAAGUAGAAGCCCUGCAUUUAUAGCCCAGAUAAAGAGAGGCAGAACGAAGGAGAGCUACAGGGAGAGCUACAGAGAGCGCUUCAGAUGUGCGAGUCCGUACCUUUUCACAGUUCUUCCUGCCGAUGGAGCACUUAAGCACUCGGGCUCAGAUCAGAGGCACUCAGCCCAGCUGAAAACAAGUGACAGAGAACAAUUAGAGUGAGAGAGAGAGAAAGAGAGAGAGAGAGAGCGCGCGCACUCUUGCUGGAUGACCAGCCCUAAAAAGUGAACCCACUCCCUGAUUUGCAAAAGCAGAAGCCUUAGCAGCAGCGGCAGCAACAACAGCAAGAGCAAAAAAAAGGUGAAAUUAUUUAAGAACUCCUCUCUUUUUCUAUUUAUUGAAUCCCAGCCAUGGCAUCCGUCUUGGGGAACAGCCGAGGGUCCGGAGGACUAAGUAGUCAACUAAAAUGCAAGUCCAAAAGAAGGAGGAGGAGGAGAUCAAAGAGGAAAGACAAAGUAAGCAUAUUGUCAACCUUCAUGGCUCCCUUCAAGUACCUAAGCCCCGGUACCACAAAUACAGAAGAUGAAGACAAUUUAAGUACCAGCAGUGCUGAAGUGAAGGAAAACCGUCACGUGGGCAACCUGGAGACAAAACCACUCCCACCCAGUGACAGGUCAAGAGGAAGUGCACCCAGUAUAAAAAGGAAAAGACCUCUGGAGGAGGGGAAUAGUGGCCAUUUCUGCAAAUUACAACUGAUCUGGAAAAAACUCUCAUGGUCGGUGACGCCAAAGAACGCCCUGGUCCAACUGCAUGAACUGAAGCCAGGUUUGCAGUACAAGAUGGUCUCACAGACAGGCCCAGUGCAUGCCCCUGUCUUUGCAGUGGCCGUGGAAGUCAACGGACUAACAUUUGAGGGCACAGGACCCACCAAAAAGAAAGCCAAGAUGCGCGCAGCCGAGUUGGCACUGAAAUCAUUUGUCCAGUUCCCUAACGCGUGCCAAGCCCACUUUGCCAUGGGAAACAGCAUGAGCCCGUCUACAGACUUCACCUCCGACCAGGCUGAUUUCCCAGAUACCCUGUUCAAGGAGUUUGAGCCAUCCACACCCAGCGAGGAGCUUUCUGGUUGCCACCCUGUGAACACCGAAUUGCUCUCCACCGCCUAUCGACAAGGGAGGUUGCUCUACCACACGUUGGACCUCAUGGGCCAAGCCAAGCCCGGCAAGCACCGGAUGCUCUCCACGGCUGAGGGGGAGAAGAACCCCGUGGUGGUGCUCAAUGAACUCCGCUCGGGGCUGAGGUACGUCUGCCUCUCCGAGACGGUGGAGAAGCAGCACGCCAAGAGUUUUGUGAUGGCAGUGAGAGUGGACGGGAGGACCUUUGAAGGCUCGGGACGUAGCAAGAAGCUGGCCAAGGGCCAGGCGGCACAGGCUGCCCUCCAGGCCCUCUUUAACAUUCGGCUGCCCAGCCACAUUCCCAGCAGGAGUAAAAGGAACCUUUUGCCACAGGCCUGUGAUUUGCAGAUGAAAACAAAAAGAAUUGCAGACUCUACAGUGACGUCUAGAAGCCUAACUCUGAGACUUCAGGAAUUUGCCGAUUCAGUGUAUCAGCUGGUCACACAGAAGUUCCAGGAGUUGACAGUCAACUUGACUUCCAUGCAUGCCCGCCAUAAAGCCCUGGCAGGAAUUGUCAUGACCAAAGGCUUGGAUGUCAGGCAAGCUCAGGUAGUCGCACUGUCAUCAGGCACCAAGUGCAUCAGUGGCGAGUACAUCAACGACCAGGGGCUGGUGGUCAACGACUGCCACGCGGAAAUUGUGGCAAGAAGAGCAUUCGUUUACUUCCUCUACGCGCAGCUGGAGCUGCACCUCAGCAAACGGCGAGAGGACUCGGAUCGAUCAAUAUUUGUGCGGUUGAAAGAGGGAGGCUACAGGCUGAAAGAAAACAUUCUGUUCCAUCUCUACGUGAGCACAUCCCCCUGCGGAGACGCGCGCCUCAACUCCCCAUAUGAAAUCACAACGGACCUAAACAGCAGCAAACAUAUAGUCAGGAAGUUCCGAGGACACCUGCGCACAAAGAUCGAGUCUGGGGAAGGGACCAUCCCUGUCCGGUGCCACAGCGCGGUUCAAACGUGGGACGGCAUCUUGCUGGGGGAGCAGCUUGCCACGAUGUCUUGCACGGACAAGAUUGCCAGAUGGAAUGUUCUGGGAUUACAAGGUGCUCUCCUCUGUCACUUCAUUGAGCCCGUGUACCUCCACAGCAUCAUUGUGGGAAGCCUGCGCCACACGGGCCACCUCUCCCGGGUGAUGGGGCACCGGACUGAAGACAUCGGCCAGCUGCCAGCCUCCUACCGGCAUAACCGACCUCUCCUCAGUGGAGUGAGUAAUGCUGAGGUGCGCCAGCCAGGAAAAUCUCCCCACUUCAGCAUGAACUGGAUUGUGGGUAGUGCAGACCUGGAGAUUAUUAAUGCCACCACAGGGAAGAGAAACUGUGGGAGCUCAUCAAGACUCUGCAAGCAUGCGUUCUCUGCCCGGUGGGCAAGACUUUAUGGUAAGCUGAGCACACGGAUACCAAGCCAUGGAAACAUGCCAUCAAUGUACUGUGAGGCCAAGCUAGGGGCUUAUACCUACCAGUCUGUCAAACAGCAGCUGUUUAAAGCAUUUCAGAAAGCUGGUUUGGGCACCUGGGUGAGGAAACCACCAGAGCAAGAUCAGUUUCUACUAACUCUAUAAAUCAUUAGACUCCUUUGCUAUUCAAUCAGAGUGAAACACCUGGAGAAGGUGAGGGCCGUGUAUGUGUAGAGUGACAUGAUGGUGUUGAUCAGUUCUGUGCAUUCAUUUUCCUUUGGUGUACCAGAAAUAUACAAGUGUUCAAUGUAUGAAAGAGCAACUAAACUUGAACUAGAAACAUGCUGCUUCCCAGAUGGGUGCUCUCCAGCUUGCCAGUACCAAGAACCCUGUCCACCAUACAUAAAGGUACAAGUUCGAUUGAAUUAUCUCCAUCUCUUCUUGAUGGGAUAUCAGAAGGAAAAUUUUCUAUUCAGGCUAGCGGGUCUUAGCUGCAGCCUUGAAAAGUGGUAUUGAAGCAUUUACCAGUUAAAAAUAAACCUCUGGCACCAUUCUGUACCUUUCCCACCCUUUGUCAUGAGCCUCUCUGGCAAAACAUUUGGUUCUCACUGACACAAGUUCAUAUGAUACUUAAAAUAAGCCACAAGUGAAGAGAAAAGCCAUGGGCUUCUCCCCAAAGAAACCACAAAGAAUGCUCUCUUAUUUCCAUUCUUCAUUUAAGUUUUGUACUCCACCUUCUUUCAAAAGCGAUUUGAGAUGCACAAUAUUAAAUCAAACCUAAAGUAGGAAAAGAGAAAUACCAUUCUUGAAAAGCAAAGGAACAGUUACCCAAGGCACCAAUGAGUUUACAAUCUACGAUAUGAAGAAACCAUCUCUAAACUUCCUAAUAAUUGAGUGUUGCAAGCUCACCCAAGCCUAUUUAGUCAAUCACAGCUGUUAAUUUCUUUUGGCAGAUAUUGAUAGCCAUUAAAGCAGUCUGAGUUGUAUAAGGAUAGCUACUAUCCUACCAACAAUCACACUACCAGAUGAUAAGGAAACUGAGUCUUAAACCAAAUUCUGACAUUUUAAACUAAAUUUUUUUUAGAAAGCAAGUGUAAAAUCAUCCAUAACAACCUUUUCUUUAAGUGUGAGGAGCUACCAUCUCCCUGUUCUUUUAGGUGUUCCAAAUACUAUCUUGCAUAACAAAAAAGCAACUUCCCAAAUGCAAGAUUCUUUCAUGUAUAUAGCAAGCAUCAGAUAACCAGAACCCUCCAGUUCACAGCUGGACAUAGGAGCAUCUAGGAAUUUAUCCUAUAGUAUUUUUAUGAGUAAGGAUGCUAGAUUCUUAUGCCCUACCCUUGCAAGAGUGAGAAGCAUCUCUAAAAUAUCUUUAAUCAACCCAUAUAUCUUGGAUUGCUUUAAUUUUACCACUGAGAACUCAUUUCUGACAUUCAUCUUGUCAGUUAGCAGGCCUCUAAUUUCUUCCAUUAAAAAUAUAUAUAUUUGAUAUUUCAUUAUACUAAAUGGAAAGCUUAGUGGUGUCCACCUCUGGAGUGUAUGGGCUUCCUGGUUAGAAUUCCAGCUAACCAUCCUUUGAACACAGGCUUGUCACUUAACCUAAGAAAUGCAAGCCUAAUAUCGCACUGUAUAUAUUCAAGAAUAAAUUACAGAUAUAACAAUGAGGCAAAAACAAAUCAAAUUGGGUUGUAGAUAUUUGUUAUAAUAAGAAUUAGAGACAUUAGUAUGGAAAUAAAAACAUUUCCUGGGAUUUAAUUUAAGGUCAAAUUUAUCACUCAGAGAAUAAAAUGGACACUGUAGUAGACAACUUCUUCAAGAUAAAGUUGUGAAAGAUACGAAAAUGUUCUUUCAAAUAGGUGACUAAUCUUUUACAUAAAAAUUGAGGAAAUGAAAUCUUAAUUAAGUACAAAAGCUAAGAUCAGUCAGUUUAUAUUAUUUUCUGAUCAUUUGACUUCUCACUAGGAUAAAGCUUAGAGAACCAAAAAAUUAACAGCUUAUUUAUGGCUUAGACAUGCUCUCUCAGCUGUCGCUAUCUGGAGCCCUUCUCUGAAAGUAUGAAGGCACAGUCAAUUCCUGUUUGAAAUGUAUGACCUGGACCUUGAAUUACUAACAUUCUGAGCUGUUGCUUAAAGAAGUGUUUGUAUAUUUGAUGUCAAUGUGCUCCAAUUAAUGCUCUUUUCUAUAAUAAAGAAAUAAGCCUUAGCAGCACCUGUCUUAACCACUACAGGAGAGAUGCAGAGUGGAGCAACCUACAAAUGGGCACAGGGCCACCAUUCACAUGCACAUAAAAAUCACUCACCUACCCAAUGAUAAACACUCCUACAAGUCCUGACUGCCAACUAUUUAGUCAUGAUUCAUUUUAUCUAAGGCACUGGAUUUCCAGAAACAACCCAAAUUUCACUAAAAUAUAAAUGUCACCUUCUGGGAAAAGCCACACAUUAACUCCACUCUACCCAUUGGCACUAGCAUAGAGAUUUUUUAGGUCAACAUCAGAUUCCUUGGAAAGAGGGAUUAAGGCACUGCAGGACAAGGUUUAUAGCAAGUAAAAAGUUUUUAAGUCAGUUUGAAGACCUGGAGCUUUGCCAUGGAUGACUUGUUGGUGGAAUGGAGUGGACGAUGGGAGGAGGAAGACGAUCCCAGGCUCUGGUCGUAGAUGUGGAGUGAAAGAGAAAGAGGGUUGAGACAACCAGAGGAAAACAACAUGCUGGGAGGCUGAUGUUUGGGAAAAGCCUGCAAAGAAUGGGAAAUAUAGACAGGGAUUUAAGGGAGAGAAUGAAAGCAUACAACACAUUCUCUGAAGCAAACAAGUAGCCAAACUGUUCUACCUGUGGGCUAAGAAGAGGUCAGGUCACAGGAUUCUCAUGUAGCAUCCAGUGUAGCUAGAGGCAACAGGCCAUGUCAUCCCAAAAACAAAAAGCCUAGUGGAGGAAGCCUAAGGAUUUUGCUCUCAGCUUCAAAGUCCAAAAGAAUAUCCCAACACUACUUUUAGGCUGGGUCUAUCUUCCAUUUCUGAUUGAUGAAUUAAGAGUCUUAAGAGUAAGCUUCAUAUGCCUUACCACCUGAGGUUUCUGUAAAGAGGACAAAACACCAGCAAGGGAUUUAUAACUUUAAGUCACCCUAAAAAUAUAUGUGAGCAAAACAAAAGGAAGAGUCACAGCAAAUAAAAUCAGGGGAUAUCCAGGCACCUAAAUUAUUCUAAUUGCCCCUCUAUCCAUCUUAAUUUGACUCAAAAUUACCAUCCUGUAUCUCUGUGAGCUUCAUAGCACCUAGCGGCUCAAAGUCCUUUGUUUUAAGAUUUUCUGUAUUCUAUAUUUACACCUAUUAGCCCUACUACAAAAGUCUAAAUAAAGUCAACAGCACCUUUAUAUGCCUCCAUAUCAUACAUUGCUUUCCAAUUGGGAAGAUAAGCAAUUUAAGGUUUCUUGACAUGUUCUUAGGCAAAAAUAAAAAAAAAAAAGAAAUCAGAGUAUGAUCAUUUGUGAGCUUUGUCACAGGAACUGAGUCCAGAAGAAAAA